CCUCGCGCGGCAGCGGCUCCUGAGUGCGAUGCGGUGAGGCCGGACAGGCUGGCGGGCGGGCGCGCGCGGGGCUGGGGCCACGGCGCGCUGCAGAGAUGUGACUGGAGCCGAGGGCCAGCGGGAGCGUCGGCGCUUCGGGGCCGCGGGGGUCGAGAGAAAGAUGAGACCCCACCAGGUGCUCUCCUUCCUCCUGCUCUUCGUGAUCGCCUCCGGGGCCUCUGAGAACGCCAGCACUUCCCGGGGCUGCGGGCUGGACCUCCUCCCUCAGUACGUGUCCCUGUGCGACCUGGACACCAUCUGGGGCAUCGUGGUGGAGGCCGUGGCCGGGGCGGGCGCCCUGAUCACGCUGCUCCUGAUGCUCAUCCUCCUGGUGCGCCUGCCCUUCAUCAAGGACAAGGAGAAGAAGGACCCCGUGGGCCUCCACUUCCUCUUCCUCCUGGGGACCCUGGGCCUCUUUGGGCUGACGUUCGCCUUCAUCAUCCGGGAGGACGAGACCAUCUGCUCCGUCCGCCGGUUCCUCUGGGGCGUCCUCUUCGCGCUCUGCUUCUCCUGCCUGCUGAGCCAGGCGUGGCGCGUGCGGAGGCUGGUGCGCCACGGCAAGAGCCCGUCCAGCUGGCAGCUGGUGGGCAUGGCCCUGUGCCUGAUGCUGGUGCAGGUCAUCAUUGCCAUCGAGUGGCUGGUCCUGACGGUGCUGCGCGACGCGAAGCCCGCCUGUGCCUACGAGCCCAUGGACUUCGCCAUGGCCCUCAUCUAUGACAUGGUCCUGCUCGUGGCCACCCUGGGGCUGGCCCUCUUCACGCUCUGUGGCAAGUUCAAGAAGUGGAAGCAGAACGGGGCCUGCCUCCUGGUCACGGCCUUCCUCUCCCUACUCAUCUGGGUGGCCUGGAUGACCAUGUACCUUUUCGGCAACGCCGAGCUGCGGCAGGGAGACGCCUGGGGCGACCCCACCUUGGCCAUCACGCUGGUGGCCAGUGGCUGGGUCUUUGUCAUCUUCCAUGCCAUCCCGGAGAUCCACUGCACCAUCCUGCCGGCCCCGCAGGAAAACACGCCCAACUACUUCGACACGUCGCAGCCGAGGAUGCGGGAGACCGCGUUCGAGGAGGACGUGCAGCUGCCUCGGACCUACAUGGAGAACAAGGCCUUCUCGAUGGACGAACACAAUGCAGCGCUCCGAACGGCAGGAUUUCGCAACGGCAGCGUGGGAAACAGACCCAGCGCCCCGUUCAGAAGCAACGUGUACCAGCCCACUGAGAUGGCCGUCGUGCUCAACGGGGGCACUAUCCCAACUGCUCCGCCCACUUACACUGGAAGACACCUUUGGUGAAAGACUUUAAGUUCCAGAGACUCAGAAUCUCUCUCUUACCGAUUUUAGUCCCUGGCUUUGUCUUUCUGGAGGGAGAAAUCGGUAACAGUAGCUGAACGAGGCCGCCUCGCAGCCAGGAGAUUUGGAAAUCCUCGACAGGGGAUUUCGUGUAAAUGUGAACGCUGCUGAACUGAAAAGCUAACACCGACUGCCCUCCCCUGCCCCCCCAGCCACCCACCCCCACACACGUCAUAACCAAACCAACCUCAGACCCCGCCAACUAAAGCAAAGCUAAUUGCAGAUAGGAUUAGGCUCCCUCAAAAAUGGGGUUGGGAAGACGGUCUCAUCCUCUGGGGCUACAACAGAACCUAGUUCACAGCCAGUGGGGUUAGAACAGAACCAAGUUCACGGCCAGUGGGCGAGGCUGGUGUUGGUUGAACAAGGAUCUCCCCGCACCAUCGCCCCUGCAAGGCCAGUGCUGGACCCCAGGCGGCCUCUUGGAGAUGCUCGGUUCAGAGGAUGAUUGGAGGCUUUCUACCGGCCUGCCUGUGGGUUUUCACAUUUCAGGGGGCGGAUCAGAAGCAGUUAAGGAGAUUGUGGGUGUGAUUCCAGGGCGAGGACCAGCCAAAUCAUGGCGAGAUAUUUAUAAGCAGUGAUGGGGGGAGCUUUACAAACAGUGAUGGGAGAGAGAUCCUGGCACGUGCCAAAGAAGAGGAGGCUCCCUGGGCGUGGAAAGGACCGUCACAUGCAGAAAGUGGCCACCCGCCCCUGUUCCCUCUCUGGGCCUCUCCCUCCUGCCUCCCUCCCCGGGCAGCCAUCUCUCCCCUCCCUCCUAUCCCUCCCCCCUCCUCCCACCUCAUCAGUGUUCCUCCAGCCCUUCCCCAGUUCUGUCCCCACAUUCAUUUCCAAAGCUCAAAUGGGGCCAGCAGCUCAAAGCGCUCCGGCUUGGCCGGGAGGCAGAUGCCAUAGGAGAUGUUCCCUGAUGCUGUCACGUGGCCAGGGGGCGGAGGGGGGGGGGAAGAGCUGGCACCUACACUCCAGCAAGACCUCAGUGAGGUCUUGAGUCUUCGAUGCGGUUGUGGUGAAAGGUCCAGGGCGGGGAGGUGCCCCUGAGGGUCUGUGGCUGCUUUGGGAGGGUGUGGGGGACAUUUUUGCCUUGGUUUUCUGCAAGUUCCAUGAAAAUGGUUCUCUUCCAAGCCCAUUGUUUCUGCCAUGGUUUCCAUCUGUCCUGAUCAAGUCAUCUUUCUUUGGCGCUUUGAACAUCUUGGCCAUUAAAAGCCCCAUGGUCUCCGCACUGUUUGGCCAGCAUAAUCGCUAGCAACGAUUCAAAGCAAAGAGUUUUAACCUGACGGCCUGGAAUGUAUACAUGAGGGGUGGGUCCUUUGCAUAUACUCUAAUCACUGUAUUGCUUUUUUCUAUAAAACAACCCAGAAGCCUUUAACCUUUAGCAAAAAUGGAAAAGGUUAGUGUUUGCGGGAAACUGACCUGUCACUAGCCAACAUGUCUGAACUGAGUAUGUUUUAAUAAACCUGAUUUUUCUCGAG